UCCAUUUUCUGGUAACUUCGUCACUGCUUUGCUCAUACAUACAACAUUCUCUAAUCCUAUAUAAAUUUCUCAAUUUUCAUCAAAUUCACAUUUAUAGAAUUUUCUGAAUACUCUCAAUUAGGUCUCGAUGGCUGCCCCUGGUGUGCCAUCCAGUUUUGUUGUCCCAGGCCCCACUUUGUGGGAAUACACUAGAAAUGUACAAGAAGUUCUACCACCAUCUCUGGAUUCUACUUCCCAACCUCCAUCUCUCUUUGAUGGAACUACCAGGUUGUACAUCAAUUAUCAGUGCCCCUAUGCUCAGCGUGCCUGGAUUACCAGAAAUUUCAAGGGUUUGCAAGACAAGAUUGAGUUAGUUCCAAUUGAUCUUCAGAACAGGCCUGCUUGGUACAAGGAAAAAGUUUACCCUCCAAAUAAGGUGCCAUCCCUGGAGCACAACAACAAAGUGAUCGGAGAGAGCUUGGAUCUGAUUAAGUAUAUUGAUAGUAACUUUGAAGGACCAUCACUUCUGCCGGAUGAUCCUGAAAAGCGAAAAUUUGCUGAAGAAUUGAUAGCGUACAGUGAUACAUUUGUCCCGGAAGUGUAUGGAUCGUUCAAAAAAGAUGUACAGACAUUGGCUGGGGCACAAUUUGAUUACCUUGAAAAAGCUCUCCACAAAUUUGAUUAUGGGCCUUUCUUCCUUGGUCAAUUCAGUCAGGUUGACAUAGCAUAUGCUCCAUUUAUUGAAAGGUUCCAAAUUUUCUUGCAAGAGGUGUUUAACUACGACAUCACAUCUGGGAGGCCAAAAUUAGCCAAAUGGAUUGAGGAAGUGAACAAGCUUGAUGGAUACAAGCAAACAAAAGUCUUGGAUCCAAAGAGACUCGUUGAGUACUACAAGAACCGCUUUCUGGUAGCCGCUUUGUAAACAAUAAUUUUUGGUUUGAGUUGCAUAUAUAGCUGCUGACAUUUCGCUAUAAUAUUUCAACAGCAGGCUUAAAUCUUCGAAAAUGGAUUGAUCAAUCAUGGUGAAAAUUACAGGGGUUGGAAUCUUUGGUAUCAAAUAUGUUAUGGUGUUCUACAAUAAAUAAUAUACUAGUACAAUAAAGUGGUUGUGUGUGUGUGAGUUGUGUUUUUUUACCUGUAGUAUUUGGGAUUGUAUUUUAAUGCUAGAGAGACUUGGAGUAUCAUAUAUAUAACUUUCAUAUGUUGGAAUUUUCA